AAGCAUUAUUCUCCAACUAGCCUCUCCUCCCACUAUAUAAGCUGCACCAUUGCCACCACUCUUGUUGCAUACAAACACAAGCCAAGCCCGGUGAUCUAGCAACCGUAGUAGCACUAGUAGUAGUAGUAGUAGUAGUAACAGUGGUCAUUGCAAUCCACCUUAGUUUUCUUUCCUGUUGAGAAGCCACAGCCCAGUCAAGCAUGAGUUCAUCGUGGACAUUCAAGCAGAACAAGGUGUUCGAGGAUGCGCUGGCCAAGUACGACAAGGACACGCCAGACAGAUGGCAGAAUGUGGCGCGGGAGGUUGGCGACGGCAAGACGGUGGAGGAUGUGAAGAAGCACUUCGCGGAGCUGGAAAAAGACGUGGACGAGAUUCAUACAAACGGUGCCGGCAGCAGCAGCAACAACAUCAAGGGCGGUUCCAGCCGCGGUGGCAGCAGCCAUGGGCAGAGGUAGCCAAGGUACCUGAAGAGCCAGUGAUCGCUGUGCUGGUGCAAGACUCGAGCACAGCUAGCCUCCUGCCUCUGCCUGUUUUCCAGCCUGAAGCCAGUACUACUCUAUCUACACUACUAGAUACACAUGACCCCAUGGUGAUCGUCAUCCGGUCAUGUAGCUAGCUGAAGUAGCUAUUGCUCUCCAAUGAUGAUGGCACUACGACAAGAAUAAAGUCCGAGACAUAAUCAAGUCCCGCAUCGGAGCUGUAUCUUCCGUAUAUUUUGUACGCAUUGUCUUCGUGUAUAUGACCCACACCACGAGCCAUGUCCCCAGCUAUAUUGUACCGCCGGAGGUAUCGGACGCGACGGGCGCUUGUACGCUGGUGCCGUGGUCUGUCUCCCUGUCGAAUCUGUUACCUGAUAUAUAUAUUUGUCUAAUGGAAAUUCCGGUCUACGGAUUACUUAUUGCCGGU